GGGAAAAAGUCGGCGAGAGGCAGCAGGGGAGGGGAAGAGACAGCCAGCGAGGGAAGGUGUGAAGCUGCGUGAGGGGAUACAGAGACGAGGGAAGACGCACAAAGCUGAGAACGCCACAGGGAGAAGGAAACUGAGAGAACUCGGCAGGACUGAAGAAGGAGUAAAGGGGAAAAAACGGCGAAUCAAAGAGCCGGCUAAACACCCAUUUAUGCUGGAGGGUCGUGUUUUGUCAGAUCCAUACGGGGAAAACUUCAAAUUCUACACGGAGGCACACACAGAAAACCCAGCACCAUGGAGAACAGCACCUUUGGCAACACAUCACACGUCCAAAUUACGGCUCACGGCCUUUGGGAGGUUAUAGCCAUCGCCACGGUGUCGGCCAUCGUCAGCCUGAUAACUAUAGUUGGUAACGUGCUGGUGUUGCUGUCGUUCAAAGUGAACAGCCAGCUGAAGACUGUGAACAACUACUACCUCCUGAGUUUGGCGUUCGCUGACCUCAUCAUCGGCGUGCUGUCCAUGAACUUGUACACCACAUACAUACUGAUGGGUUACUGGUCCUUGGGGAACCUGGCGUGUGACCUCUGGCUUGCAGUGGAUUAUGUGGCCAGCAACGCUUCGGUCAUGAACUUGCUCGUCAUCAGCUUCGACAGGUACUUCUCCAUCACGAGGCCGCUGACCUACAGGGCAAAGAGGACUCCAAAGAGAGCCGCCAUCAUGAUCGGACUUGCAUGGCUGGUGUCUUUUGUCCUCUGGGCGCCUCCCAUCUUGUGCUGGCAGUACUUUGUAGGAGAGAGAAAAGUGCCUCAGGAACAGUGUCAGAUCCAGUUUUUGACCGAGCCUGUGAUCACAUUUGGAACCGCCAUCGCUGCUUUCUACAUCCCCGUCUCUGUCAUGACUAUCCUGUACUGCAGGAUCUACAAGGAGACGCAGAGACGCACCAAAGACCUGGCAGAGCUGCAAGGCCUCGCGACAGAAAGUAUUCCAGAAGGAACUAAACCACAGAAAACUCUCAUUCACUCCUGCUUUCAUUUCACCAGAGAGAGGAGGGACCGGAGUCAGGCCUCCUGGUCCUCAUCCAACCAAAGUAACGCCACCAAGACGACCACCAGGUCAGACGAGGCGUGGGCCAAAGCCGACCAGAUCACUUCCUUCAACAGCUACACCUCAUCUGAGGAGGAGGAGCAACACGCUUCACUAGAAACUCCACAGGGGUCUUUCAAAGAGCAAAGCAGUGAGCAAAGUAAUAAGAACGGGCAAGUGACUGAUUAUGCAGAAGAUCAGUUUUUCUCCUCUCCUCAAAAGAAGAACAGCAAAAAGUGCAUCGCUUAUAAAUUCAGACCCGGCUCAAAGGGUAAAAAGAGCAGUCCCCCACCUGCAACACCCUGCCUGCCGGAAACAGAGCCGCCCGCCAAACACGCCUCCCCGUCCUCCUCCUCCACCACCUCCAAACCCAUGGACCCCGUCCUGAAGAGCCAGAUCACCAAGAGGAAGAGGAUGGUGCUGGUGAAGGAGAAAAAAGCGGCCCAGACUCUCAGCGCCAUCCUCCUGGCCUUCAUCCUCACAUGGACGCCGUACAACAUCAUGGUGCUCAUCUCCACCUUCUGCACCGAGUGCAUCCCCAUGUCCCUGUGGCACCUGGGCUACUGGCUGUGCUACGUCAACAGCACCAUCAACCCCAUGUGCUACGCCCUGUGCAACAAAACCUUCCAGAAGACCUUCCGCAUGCUGCUGCUCUGCCAGUGGAGGAGGAGGAGGAGAGGCGAGGACAAGCUGUACUGGUGCGGACAAAACCCAAACGCCAACAAUAAAAUGACUUGAUGUGGCGCCGCAGCGUUGUCGCAGACUUUUGCCUCCACGUGGAGUUUCUUGAUAUAUACUGUAGUUGGUGGUUCAUGUUCAGCAUGAAGUGCUGCAUGUGAUCUUUGUGUUAGAAGUACAUGUUGGUGGAAAAUGUGCUGAGCCUGAUGCAGCACGUAAAACUGCUGCUGCAGAUUAUUACAGAUAAAAAAAACCUAAUGAAGGUGGCAACACAUUCUUACAAUGGUUCAGUUUAAAGAACAUGUUCAGAUAUUUUCUAGAACUCUAUUUUGAAAAGAGGACUCCAUCAUCAAGUAUGUUUACAGGCUUUGGGUAGUAGAUGUAAACCUUUAUUUUGAAAAAAGUUUGGUAAGUAAGAACAAUGUGUGGAAUCAAAUAUACUAUAUAUUUAGAUAUUAUAUACAUUCAUACAAGAUUAAUCUUAUUUAAUCACAGAUAUUAAAUAGGUUUCCUGAGAAGGUGAACACUUAUAUACACCUGCUGGGUCUUAUAAGAGGAUUUUAGAGAAGAACACUUUAAAUAUUAAAGUGCAUUAUUGCACAGAAUGAGGACCGUUGAUUUUGUCCCCCAGGAGGAAUGAUUACAAGGACAACAUACAUUUAAUCCACACAUUGUGCAAGUAUUUACAUUAUGUAUAACAACAUAUAUACAUGUAUGUUGUUUACAAGUCUCUGAACAUGUUCUUUAAACCUCACCCAAUCCUUGUUUAUUCUACUGCUCACUUGCACUGUAUAUAAAGGACAUCAUGUAG